AAUACGAUCAAUUGCGAGGUUUGUGAUCUGCUGCGCCACGCAACGAGCUGCCUCCAAGGGUCAAAGGAGCCGGAAAAUUCGCACGUCUUCAAACUUCAGUUCAUUGAGGCAGCAAAGACGACAACGGCAGGCGAGCGAAUCCUGCACCCAACGAAGGAUGGCCAUGCGAGGUGUGAUGAUGUUGUUUUUUCAGGUCCUGAUACUCUGCUUCCAGGCGAAGGCCUGGCAUGCUGUACGACGAUCGUUCGAGCUGGAGCAGGCGGCAUCCCAGGAGAAAGUUCAUCUCGUUUCGGAUUGCAUGCACGUAACAUCUGAGGAAGGCGAGUUCUCGUUCGUUAAGUUACCACCGAUGCGAUCCACACCGAAGCAUGCCCACUGGAUGGCGCACAGGGAUACGGUGGAGGUUGAAACCGGCGGUUUGACCGCAGAAACCGGUGACUCAUCUGCGGUGGACGUCGAUGCUGCGGCCUCUACCGUGUGCGGUAUCUAUUUCGUCGCCGAUCCAGAUCAGAUAAUCGAGGUGACGAUGAAGCAGGUCAACGUGGAUUGCCACUCAGGAGGGUUGAUGGCAUUCGUCGAUGGUUGGGAACUGAAUGGGCAGUACUUCCCGGGUGAACGGGAUCACGAGAAACCGCUGGAUCUUCGUGUGCAGGAGUUCUGCAAUGAGCAUAGUGGUGGGCCGUGGCCUGUGAAGGCUGCGGCCUCUAAUACUUGGGUAUUCCGGUCCAGUCAGAAUGCAGCCCUUAUGCAAUAUCGUAUUCCGGUGCGUGGAUCGUUCGUACUGUCGGCUCGUUUCCUCUAUAACGCGAAACCUUGCAACAUCAUGGCUGAAGGACUGGCUCCGUAUUACAUGCUCCGCAACUAUGGCCACCGUCGGAACUGCACUCUGAUCGCUUUGUUUCCUGCCGUCGUCUCCGUGAUCGCCAUGGAAGUAGGAGAAAUCAAUGAGAGUGUCCAUUACUGCGAGCGCGUUAGGGUGGAUGAUAAGCUCGAGAUUGGAGGAUCAACAGGACUCGAUCCGUCCUACCAGCUGAUGCGAUCUAGCACGAUCUGUGGUCGCAGCCGUGGACGUAUGGACCUCGAGCAGACGAUCCUCUGCGGUACGACUUCUGUGCGGCUUAUCUCGAGUGGACGACAUAACAACCAGGCGAUGGUGACUAUCCGCAUGGCCGACGAAUCUGACCUCCGGCUGGCGACGGUAAUCUGCGAAAUGUAAGGGGAUGUAUGUGUGCGUUGUGUGUGUGUGUGUACAUGUAUAGCCGUGACCAAACCUUCGCGAGGACGUCGAAGCAUAUCCAGUACUGUAGCGCCCAUAGCCCAAGGAAUUCACGAACUAAAGCACAUCCCGAUCAGGCAGAAGAGACCAAGGAUUCAGGAUGCGAGUGCUUCGAGAAAUAUAGAGAGGGGAAUAUAUCGUGAUCAAGCGAGCACGUUAUGUUCAGGUGAAUUGUUGAAAUCUUCAAGCUCCCCGCAUCUUCAAA